AUGCUAUCCCUUACUGCUGCACUCAAGAAGAAGACCAGCGCUGUGGGCCCUGAGCAAAAUUAUAACAGAAAAUUGACGCCCAAAUCACCUUCCAUUACCGACUUCAUCUCCAAGAAGGUGUCAUCCAUUCAUGCAAAGAAGAUUUGGCACCAAAUCGUUCCUCAGCAACAACAGCAAAAGGCCACCAUUUUGUUUGACUCUAACGACCAUUUGGCGGACACUGCCUCCAUUCCACCUACACCGCCACCCAAGAAAUCAUCCACCAUGCCAAACCUAACCAUCAUCACAGAUACUGAGCUGAUUCACCGUGCUUUGCCCAGUCUACCCAGCGUGGAAAAUGCUAUUUCCAUUGGAUCUAAAUCGUCCUCGUCUCGAUACGGGCUUACAAGAGCUACUACCUGGGUAGGAAAGUCCAUCCAGAAAUGGCUGUCUAAUUUGGAGGAACAACGAAAAGCAGUGAUGAUGGAUUUGUCAGAUUUUGAGCACAAUGACGAAGAGGACAUCUUAUACUCCAGCUCGCUGUUACCGAAUGCACUAGAUCAAAAGCUGACGCUUCACUGCCGCAUAUUACAGGUCACAAACGUUGGAUCAGCAAAGAAUUAUCACUAUACCAUGAACAUGAGGGUCACCAAUAACCAAACACAAACACACAUGGGUGUCAUGAAACGGGUGGCCAAAGGUAUCAGUGCAGCACAUCCUCGCGCAGCCCUGUCAUUUAACGUUCAGGGACGUUUCCAAGUAGAAUGUGAUCUCUGUAUCAAGCCGUCUUCAAGCAAUUCCAUUGUGAACCGCCUCAAGUCAUUUAGAUCAAGACUGGAUCUAGCAGAUCAGGAGAAUGAUGAAGAGGAAGAAGAAGUGCAUCAGGGGCAAUUGGUGCUGGACUCUGGUGCGGAUCCAUUAUCAAGCUUUGCUAACAAGGGCAUCGGAAGAUACUCUAUCCAUACAUCAACCUCUGUAGCAUUGGAACUGACGAUUGCAUUCUGGCUGGAAGAGGCUGGCAAGAAGCAGGAGCAGGAAGAGGCCGACGAUGAAGAGGAAGUGCGCACGCCUAUAGAUCAGGAUGUGUUGCGUUAUUGUCAAGCAGGAGACUAUUUGACAUUCUACGUCAAGGGCGGCACACAUCCCUCAUGGAACAGAUACUGGGUCACCUAUCAAUCCAAUCAACUCGUCUUAAGACUGAACGAAAGAGGUGCUCCUGUCGACAAGUUCCAUCUGAAGGGACUAAACCAUGUUGACAUCAAUCCCUCAGACGACAUCAAGGAAGAAAUCUACCUAGGCAAGAAACAUGGCAUUGUGCUCACAUUUGGCAGUAACAACGUCUAUCUGUUUUGUGAUCAUUUCAAGAGUGUGCGUUUCUGGAAGUGUCUGCUUGAGCAGCAUGCGUCCACUACAGUGCAUAGUAAUAGAAAUCAAAAGAAAUACCUAUGGGUGGCGCAGUGA